AUGACGUCUUUCACUAGUGUGGCUCGCAUGUAUGCGAAUAUUAAUCAGACUAUGCCCCGAGACUAUUGGGAUUAUGAUAAUUUACAAGUUCAAUGGGGUGUACAAGAUAAUUACGAAAUAGUACGUAAAAUCGGCCGUGGGAAAUAUUCCGAGGUGUUUGAAGGAGUUAACAUUAUGAAUAAUGAAAAGUGUGUAAUUAAAGUCCUCAAACCAGUAAAGAAGAAAAAAAUCAAGAGGGAAAUUAAGAUCUUACAAAACUUAGCCGGUGGUCCAAACAUCAUUUCGCUUUUGGACGUAGUAAGAGAUCCUCAGUCAAAAACGCCAUCACUUAUUUUUGAAUAUGUAAAUAAUACCGACUUUAAAGUAUUAUACCCCAAGUUCACCGACUACGAUGUUCGUUAUUAUAUUUAUGAGCUUCUUAAGGUACAAGCAGCAUUGGACUAUUGUCACUCAAAAGGUAUCAUGCACAGGGACGUAAAGCCACAUAAUGUCAUGAUUGAUCACGAAAAACGCAAACUAAGAUUGAUAGAUUGGGGUUUGGCAGAAUUUUAUCAUCCAGGAACUGAAUAUAAUGUGCGUGUUGCUUCUAGAUAUUUCAAAGGACCCGAAUUGUUGGUUGAUUUUCAAGAAUAUGAUUAUUCUCUUGAUAUGUGGAGUUUGGGAUGUAUGUUUGCUAGUAUGAUUUUCCGUAAAGAGCCCUUUUUUCAUGGUCAUGAUAAUUAUGAUCAAUUGGUGAAAAUUGCUAAAGUUCUUGGUACGGAUGAACUUUUUGCAUACCUUGAUAAAUAUGAUAUAGAGUUGGAUGCCCAAUAUGAUGAUAUUUUGGGAAGAUAUCCGCGGAAAGCAUGGAAUAAAUUCGUCACGAAUGAGAAUCAAAAAUUUGUUACUAAAGAAGCCAUUGACUUCCUUGACAAGUUGUUAAGAUAUGAUCAUCAGGAGCGAUUAACACCUCAAGAAGCGAUGGAACAUCCUUAUUUUGGUAAUUAA